AAAGGUGGACUCUCACCGCACUUGGGGCACCGGUGUGGCACUGCGGGGCUCGUUCCCUGUGGCACCGUUUUGUUAUAUUCGCGAUUUCUAAUAAUUCAGAUAUGGCGUAAUACGUAAAGUUAUGACUUAGAAGACAACAAAAUACACAGAAAAUUCGUUCUUUAUCUCUGAUUAUCUACGAACCCCGCAGUGCCGCACCGGUGCCCCAAGUGCAGUGAGAGUCCAUCUUUACUACAAGGAGAGACUUCCAACAUGGCGCGGCGCAGCAUGAGGUUGGUGGAGUACGGGAAGCCCUUCCAGCUGAUGAAGGAAGAGGUACCCGCUGCACCUAAGGGUGGAGCUGUCGUCAAGACGGAGUAUGCCGGCGUGUGCCACUCCGACCUGCACAGUCUGGAGGGAGACUUCCGCACGCUGGUGCCCAUGCAGACUGUUCUGGGGCACGAGAUAGCUGGCACAGUGCACGAUAUUAGCCCUGAAGCAGGCUUUAAGGUAGGAGACAGGGUGGCCGUGUACUGGCACGGCGGGUGUGGGGCCUGCAGCAGGUGUGAGGUGGGGGAGACCACUGCCUGUCUCAAGGACGUCAAGCACUGGGCUGGGAUAAACGAAGAUGGCGGGUUCUCCGAUUACGUCAUCAUUCCUGACGUCAGACUGUUGGUGAAGGUGCCUGACACGGUUACCAUGGAUACGGCGUGCCUCCUGCCCUGCUCGGGGCUGACUGCCUACAACGCCGUCUGUAAGAUGGUGCCGACAGUUCAGGACUUCGCCAAGCAUAACGCGGAUUGUGCAGUACUGCUGGUGGGCGCUGGGGGGCUAGGGCUGUGGGGUGUCCAGUUUGCCAAGCAGCUUCUUCCUGCAGGAGUUCGCGUCAUCAGCGCUGAUGUGGACAACGAGAAGCUGGCUGCAGCUAAAGAAGCCGGAUGUGACGAUGUUCUUCUUUGGAGCAAAGAUGUUGAUGACGACACCGCUGUGGCUGCAGCAAAGAAAGUCUGUGGGGGCCUCGGUGCUUUUGCGGCAGCCAUCGACUUUGUCAAUGUGCCCAGUACAUUUGAGCGCGUAGAGAAGAUUCUAGCUCCGGGAGGUAUGCAUGUCCUGGUGGGUCUGCUGGGAGUCGGUGCCGCCGGUUCCGUGCCGCUGAUGAUGUACGUGCUGGGUCGGCACCAGAUGGGCGCGGUGCUGAUGGGUUCCCUGCCGCAGAUGAAGGAGCUCAUGGCUCUGAUGGCUCAGGGGAAGGUCAAGCCGCCGCCCAUUUCCCAUCAUCCCCUGGAAAACGUCUUUGACGUCAUGCAGGACCUGAAGGCAGGAAAGGUCAAAGGUCGCGCUGUGAUAAAGCUGUAGUCAUCUCUGUGACGCUGUGAAUGAUGGGAACUCUCGAACUGAUGGUACCAACACUGGACCUAUCAACAAACGUUCCAUCAGAAGACUCUUUACUACACAAUAAAACGUUUAUAUCACAAUCUA